AUGGGAGGACAAAAUGUGAGUUUCCCUAUCACUUUUGUCUUGACGGGUUUCUCAGAACACAUGUGGCUGGAGAUCCCCCUCUUUGGAGUGGUCCUGGUCUCCCACAUUCUAACUCUGAUGGGAAAUAGUUCCAUCAUCCUCCUCUCACUGGUGGAUCCCAGACUCCAGACACCCAUGUACUUCUUCCUGGACAACCUCUCUGUGGUGGACCUCUGUGUCACCUGCACCAUCGUCCCACAGCUGCUGAACAACCUCUGGGGACCAGAGAAGACAAUCGCCUCCUGGGGCUGCAUUAUACAGGCCUACCUUUUCCACUGGACAGGCUGCACAGAAUGUGCCCUGCUGGCAGUGAUGGCCUUUGAUCGCUAUGUGGCCAUCUGCCAGCCACUCAGGUAUGCUCUCAUCAUGCAUCCCUUGGCAUGUGUGUGGUUGGCAGCUGCAUGCUGGGCUAGUGGCCUGGCCAAUUCUCUGCUCCAAGCCACACUCACCUUCCAGCUUCCCCUCUGUGGGCAACACACCUUGGACCACUUUUUCUGUGAAGUGCCUGCUUUGAUCAAGCUGGCAUGUGGUGACACCACUGUUAAUGACCUGUCCUUGACCUUGGGAGCCAUUCCUUUUGCGCUAGUGGCUCCCUUGACUGUGCUUGUCUCUUACACCUUCAUUGCUAGGGCUGUGCUGAAGUUGCCUUCAGCUGAGGGAAGGCACAAGGCUCUCAGCACCUGUAGCUCACACUUGUUGGUUGUCAUCAUGUACUUUGGCCCAGCCAUUUACAUGUACCUCCAGCCUCCUGCCAACAGUACUCAGGCCAAGUUCAUGUCCUUCUUCUACUGUGUCAUCACCCCACUGCUCAAUCCACUUAUCUACACUCUGAGAAACAAGGAUGUGAAGGCAGCAUGGAGGAGGAUCCUACCAGUCCAGGAUCAAGGGAAGUCUUUGAAAAGCAGAUAA